AUGAGUGCACCACCAAGGGGCCUGACUACCUUCAUUGCUGAUCUGCGGAACUGUCGAGCAAGAGAAGCUGAAGAAAAGAGAAUAAACAAGGAAUUGGCUAAUAUUCGCGCCAAAUUCAAAGAUGGGAAUAUGAGCGGAUACCAAAAGAAGAAAUACGUCUGCAAACUGCUCUACAUUUACAUUCUGGGCUGGGAUAUAGAUAUAGGGCAUAUGGAAGCAAUCAAUCUACUGGCCUCUACGAAAUACUCGGAAAAGCAAAUUGGAUACUUGGCAGUCACGCUUCUCCUGACUGAAAACAGUGAUUUGCUGCGUAUGGUCGUCAACUCUAUUCGAAAAGAUCUAGAAGAUCUGAAUGAAAUAUUCAAUUGUUUGGCAUUACAUGCUAUUGCCAACAUUGGUGGUCGUGAAAUGGCAGAGUCUUUGACGAAUGAUGUUGUCAAGUUACUUGUUUCCAGCACUUCGAGUAACUUUGUCAAGAAGAAGGCCGCUCUGUGUUUAUUGAGAUUGUUUAGAAAGCAUCAAGAAAUCAUGCCUACUACAGAUUGGGCUUCUCGAGUCAUUGGAGCUAUGGACGAUCAUGAUAUGGGUGUCGCUUUAUCAGUGACUACAUUGGUAUUGGCAUUGGCGCAACAAUACCCAGAAGCAUAUUCUGCAUGUGUUCCUAAAGCAAUCAAUCGACUGCAUAGAGUCAUUGUGGAUGGUGAAUGUGGCAUGGAGUAUAUUUAUUACAAGGUCCCAGUUCCAUGGCUUCAAAAUACUAAUGCGUCUCAAAACUCCACAUCAGAGGAUCGAACUCUUAGAUCAAAAUUAGUCGCCAUCUUAUCAAACAUAAUCAACAACACCCAAGAAAUACCCAAAAACGUACAACACAACAAUGCUACAAACGCCAUCCUUUUUGAAGCUAUAUCAUUAGCCAUUCACAUCGACCCCGAAUCAGAUCUCGUCACGCAAUCAGCUGUGCAACUAGGUCGUUUCAUCUCCUCCAAAGAAACCAAUAUUCGAUAUCUAGGGCUGGAAACCAUGGCCCAUCUAGCUGGAUUUGCCGAUUCUUUGGAUGCCAUUAAGAAACAUCAGGAUACCGUUAUUCAGUCAUUAAAGGAUAAAGAUAUCAGUGUGAGACGACGAGCACUGGAUUUGUUGUAUAGUAUGUGUGAUCAUACCAACUCGAGAGUAGUUGUGUCGGAGUUGUUAUUGUAUCUCUCUAUUGCUGACUAUGCUAUAAGGGAAGAAAUGGUGUUGAAGAUUGCUAUCUUGACUGAAAAGUUUGCCACAGACUACUCGUGGUAUGUAGACAUCAUCUUGCAACUAAUCACAAUUGCCGGAGACCAUGUCAGUGAUGACAUCUGGUAUCGUGUCGUGCAAAUAGUAACAAAUGUAGAAGAGCUACAAGAGUAUGCUGCCAAGACAGUACUGAAUACUCUAAAGUCACCAACAUGCCAUGAAAACGCUCUCAAAGUCGGAGGAUAUAUACUGGGCGAGUUUGGUCAUUUGAUUGCAAACCAACCAGGUUGUUCGCCUCCCGAACAAUUCGCUGCUCUACACUCCAAAUUUGGUGUGUGCCCAGUAGCAACCAGAGCCCUACUAUUGACCACAUAUCUUAAAUUCGUAAAUCUUUUCCCCGAAAUCAAGAAUGAUGUUGGUCGAGUCUUCCAACAAUAUCGAUUCGUAAUUGAUGUAGAACUACAACAACGGGCUUGUGAAUAUCUUGCUAUAGCUUCGCUGCCAACCGAUGAGCUGCUUGUCACUGUAUGUGAAGAGAUGCCACCCUUCCCUGAACGAGAAUCAGCACUAUUAUCUCGUUUACAAAAGACGAUGGGAGAUACGGAAGACAAACGAACUUGGGCUAUCGGUGGUAGAGAUGCCAACAAGACUAUGCAGCUUGUGAGGCGAGUUGAAAAGAGACGGCUAUCGACUACUCAACAGAAUGGUGCUGGUGCUCCUGGUGCAAUCCCGAAUAGUAAUGGUCAUGGUGGUAGUACCGAGUCGGAUUUAAUUGGCCUGUCUCUUGUUGCUGGAGGUGCUGGUGGUUAUAAUAACGGCAGUCUCUCGACGGCUAUUGGACCGUCGAGACAGGUGUUGGAUGAAAUGUUUAACAAGUUGGUGGUUGGUGCAUCGGGGAUCUUGUAUGAGGAUUCAGUUCUCCAGAUUGGGUUGAAAUCAGAGUACCACAACCAACUUGGUCGUAUUGCCUUGUUCUUUGGAAACAAGUCAACCAGUCCCAUAGCCAAUUUAGUGACUGACAUUGCAGUCUCGAAUGAAGUCAAGAUCUCCCUGAUUCAACCAAUAGCUAGUAUCAUACCACCUGCAUCUCAAUUCAAUCAGAUGUACAACAUCGAAUGUCUGAAAGCAAUAACAUCAACACCAGAACUCCACGUAUCAUAUAGCACAUCAGCAGGCCCAAACCGUCUCGCACUAUCUUUACCGAUCGUCCUAUCGAAAUUCCUAUCACCAGUCGACAUGUCAAACACAGAUUUCUUUGGACGAUGGAAACAAAUCGGUGGGCCACCACAAGAAGCGCAAGUGAUAUUUAAAACCCAAAAGCCGAUAGAUCUAGUAGCUGUGAAAAAUGUCUUGUCUGGAAUCAAGGUUGUGAAUCUGGAUGGUAUUGAUCCGAAUCCAAAGAACAUGGUGGGAGCCUUAAUUUAUAAUUGUACAGAGUUGGGUAAAGUUGGGACAUUGUUAAGGUUGGAGCCUAAUUUGGAACAGCAGGUACGGAAAGAGCAAAAAAAAAGCUAUGUCACAAAGAAUGAUUCAAUGAUCAAAACACAACAAUGA